UUUUAUUUGUACGUUUAAGAAACGAAGGAUAAACUUCCGACGUAAAACGCGUCCGAGUGUCGGAGGAUACUUGCUGCAACCGGGAAACUUCUCAAAGUGACUUUCCUUAUCAUUCUGUCCCCUCUACCCGCUGAGGAAAAAAACUCUGCAUCCGACGGUGCGUGCGCGCGUACAGCGCCCAUAAAACAGGUGCCAUACGGGACACUUGGAAGUGGGAUUACAGGCCAGUUACGCGGCACACACUUGGAAGCGGCGCGCCGCGCUGGUGGCGGCGCGAGCUCUGCGUGUUACCCACCUGAGCCUUUUGGGAUACUUUAAGAGCCGCACCGUGUCUUCAAACCCUCGAAAGAAACUUUAGAAACAUCCACACGAGUUUUUAGAUGGCGUUAGAAGCCUUUUCCCUCCCCCGUACAAAUCCACCCGACCUGGCGUGCGUUUGCGUGCGUUGCGCAGCUUCACAUCUUUAGGACACCAAAUGGAGACUCUUGCGCCUAUCAUUUCGUUCUGGAGCUUGUGGUUCAAUAUAUAUCUAAUCUUUCCUCGAUCCGGGAACUGCUGGCUGCAGCAGGGGAAGAACGGGAGGUGCCAGGUGCUCUACAUGUCCGGGAUGAGCAGGGAGGAGUGCUGUCGCAGCGGGAGGCUGGGGACAUCCUGGACCGAAGAGGACGUCCCCAACAGCACGCUCUUUAGGUGGAUGAUCUUCAAUGGCGGAGCUCCCAAUUGCAUACCUUGCAAAGGUGGAGAAUCCUGCGAUAACGUUGACUGCGGGCCCGGGAAGAGGUGCAAGAUGAACAGAAGGAGCAAGCCCCGCUGCGUGUGCGCACCGGACUGCACCAACAUCACCUGGAAAGGACCGGUCUGCGGCUCAGACGGAAAGACCUACAAAGACGAAUGCGCACUGCUCAAAGCGAAAUGCAAAGGCCACCCGGACCUGGACGUGCAGUACCAGGGAAAGUGCAAGAAAACGUGCCGCGACGUCUUGUGCCCCGGCAGCUCCACGUGCGUCGUGGACCAGACGAACAACGCGUACUGCGUGACGUGUAAUCGGAUUUGCCCCGAGGUGACGUCGCCGGAGCAGUACCUGUGCGGAAACGACGGGAUCGUGUACGCCAGCGCGUGUCACCUGAGACGAGCGACCUGUCUCCUCGGCAGGUCCAUCGGAGUGGCGUACGAAGGGAAAUGCAUCAAGGCCAAGUCGUGUGAGGACAUCCAGUGCAGCGCGGGCAAGAAGUGCCUGUGGGACGCGCGGAUGAGCCGGGGCCGCUGCUCGAUGUGCGGGGAGACUUGUCCGGAGAGCCGGACGGACGAGGCGGUGUGCGCCAGCGACAACACCACGUACCCCAGCGAGUGCGCCAUGAAGCAGGCCGCUUGCUCCUUGGGGGCGCUGCUGGAGGCCAAGCACUUGGGAUCUUGCAACUCUAUUACAGAAGACCAGGAGGUGGAUGAGGAUGAUGAGGACUCAGACUACAUGGCCUAUGUCCAUAUAUCUUCUAUACUGGAUGGAUAGGCACCCGUCACUAGGGGAACAGUCCUAGCGCAAGGAAUCAUGUCCGUACUGUACAUUAUGUGUAUGCUUAUUUAUUUUUUAAAGAAGAAGGAAGUAUACAUAUAGCUCAGUCUUCUAGAUGUUUAUUUAUACUUUUUUUGUGUGUGUUUUAUAAUUUAUACAGUUACAAUGUCAGGCUUACUAUCUACCAUGAUAUAUUGUUUUACCACUCAUUUCCCCUGUUUGUUGUUGUCCCUUUUUACUUUCUUUUUUUUAUCAUGAAGAAAUAUAUUUGUCCAAAGAGAAGCAGUGUUAUUUAUUUGUCAUGUUACCGUGUAAGUAUAAGUCCUCUAUAAGCUGUAAAUUGCAUUCCCUGAAGCUGUAAAAAAUCGGCGUAUUUCUGUCAAAUCUCUAUCACAGAUGUUUAUGUCACACAUACGUAAAUGCAUGUUUAGGCUAUGUGUUUAUUUAUUGGGAAUAUAUCAAUCAUUUUAUGUACAGAAGUGUUUCUGAUUUAUUUACAACUCAUAUGAACUGACCAAAGGGUUAUCUCAAUGGUUUGGCAUAAAACGAGCAUUAUAAAGAUUGCAACACAGCAGUGAGGAAAUGGAAGAGAAAAAAAACGAGCCAUUUGUAUUUCUUUUCUUAUUUCUUUGGUUAUUUCUCAAUUUCAGCCCCUCAGAUUUGUUUCCACUUGGAGACAAAAAACGUAAAACAUUAUUCAAUAGCAUUUAUUUUGUCUGACCACAUUAGAGCAGAGUUUUGGACAAUACUUGAUUAUUUUGGAAACAAUGUGCCAUUAACAUUUGUGUGCUGUCUUUUUGCCAAUGUGCUCCAUUUUGCUCCCACAGAGCUAAAAUAGGACCGCAGUACUCUUUUGCUAUAUCAGAUUCUGUUUCUUUUCCUCUUUUUUUUUGCAGAAUGCAUUUUUAUUUUCAAACAUCACAAGAGAAAUACAAAAUUCUGUUAUGAAGAUAUAGUUUUGUAUUUUUUAUGUAAAUGUCAUAUGUACAUACAAAGUUUGAUGGUAUUUGUACAGAUAUGAAGAGUGAAACAAUAAAAAAAAAUUCCUUACACUUU